AUGGGCGUCCAAAAGGGCGAGGUAGUGGCGGUGAUGGGGCCAAACGGAGCCGGCAAAUCCACGGUCCUCAAGGCCAUCAUGGGGCUGGCCCCGGUGACGCACGGUAGCGUGUACUGGCGGGAACACCGGCUGGCGGCGGCGACCCACGAGAUCGUGAAGGAAGGCAUCGCGUUCGUGCCCCAGGGACGGCGCGUGUUCACGCACCUGACCAUCGCCGAGAACCUUGAAAUGGGCUGCAUCUAUCUCAACGAUCGGGCGGAGAAGGCGAAGCGGCUGGAUUCGGUGAUGGAACUGUUCCCCGUUCUGUAUGAAAAGCGCAAGGACAUGGCGAGCGCGAUGUCCGGCGGGCAACAGCAGAUGCUGGCCCUGGGUCGCGGGUUGAUGGCCGCUCCGGAGCUGCUGCUGCUGGAUGAGCCCACCCUUGGCCUGGCGCCGAUAAUAGUCAAGGAAGUCUUUGAGAAGGUUGCCGAGAUCAGCGAGCGGCUGAAUACGACCAUCAUGGUGGUAGAGCACAACAUCAAGGGCGUGCUGGACAUAGUCGACCGGACGUACGUACUGGACAAAGGUACGGUGGUGCACAACGGGACGCCGCAGUCGAUACGGGAAACCGAUAUACUCAAACCAAGUAUUUUUGGGGAGCGCAUAGACGGCUAA